UACCGACUGAAUGUUAUUACGAAACGCAUAGAUGAUUGAAAUACGCUCACCAUAGGUAUAUAUGAUUUAUGAUGAAUUAACAUGCCUACUGAAGUGAAUUGUUACAAAUAUUCCAUCAUCAGUUAAAGUCAGUGAAGAAUAAGCAUGCAGCACUACGCAUGCUUCAAGCAUUCUUCAACCAUGUACACUAUUCACACAAGUAUGAAGGAUAACUAUGGUGUGGUUUUGGAAAUUCAUUGAGGAUGAGUAUGCACGAUUAAGACAUUCGUGGAAGAGUGAGAUUGACGAACUUUGGCUUGCUCGUUCUACUAUAGAAUUUGCAUUCAAUGUGUGUUAUAAUUAUAAGAAAAUAGUCAUAUAAACCUACGAGUGCGAUAAAUGUGGGUGAAAGGUUUCUCAGAUAGAUUACACAAUGUGUCCUCAUCGGUUAAAGUUAGUGAAGAAUAAUCAUAUUUAUGUAGAUUUUUGUUUUCUCUCUUAUUUGAGUGAAAAAGCACGGUAUCAUAUUCAAGUGCGGUAACAGUGAUAAAGUGAUCAUUUAUUUACUCACCCUAUUUGUAACAUCCCUAGUGCUGAAAUUAGGACAUGAGACUCCAUACGUCAUAUAUCAAGAUCGUAUCAUUCUUUUGCGUUCUCUUGUUUUAUGUAGAAAAGAAUCUCUUGUUCACUUUCUAUCGUUUCUCACUUUUCUUUUUUCCGUUCUGUGAAUAAAUGUAUCGAAAUGUAGAAAGCCCUUAAAGCGGUAACCAUUUUAACGGCAUUCCUAGUAUGACGCAGCAAUAUUCAUCUCUCAAAGUCGACAAAAAUACAAUAAUACGGAUGAUAGGCUAUGUAUAAUUCACUCCCUCCGAUUGCCUAAUAGAAGUUACGAGUACAUCCGAUUUCAGCAGAAUUAGUGUAGAAAAGUAUUAUUCACGCAGAAAGCAAAAGCCUGUCAACUCUUUUAGUAGUAAUUACUUAUGGGCGAUAUAUAAUCAACUUUCAGGAAAAGAAUAUAAAUUUAAACAUACGACUGAAGCAAUGUAUCAUCAGAAUCCAUCAGUUGAGGCAGUCCCUGCUUCGCUGCAAUCAUUAACUGCAAUGAAAAAUAACAGAUGGUUUUUCGCAGUUCCAUUAAUUGCUUUAUGCUGUGUCGGGAUAUUCGGUUUGCUAUUAUUAGCAACUGUUGUUUUAGCCUUGAUACCGGUGUAUCUACCAAAACGUGGCCAUGUAGUUCUAGCUAAUCAAACAUCAGCGACAAUUUAUCUGGAAUAUACGAUAAUUAAUGGUGAAAGAAAACGAGAAAUACGUGAAAAACGUGAUUAUUCUGAUGAUUCAAAAACUAGUUCUACAGAAGAAGAAAAACAGAACACAGCCAAUCAGAUUUCUUAUGCAUACAAUUAUGAGUCAAAUCAAGCAAAAAUUGUUGUUGGUAAUAUGAUAUUUUUAUCAUCAUUUGUCAUCCCAUUCCAACUGGCCUAUACGCCACUGUGUAGAACGCAAGCAUGUCAAAAGCAGCUGCAAGAUAGGACUGUACAACGAUUCCGUUCAGGAAUAGGCAGUCAAAUUUUAUUCACGUUCACUGAUGAUAAUGGACAUUUAUUUACUUUUAGAGCACAGCUAGUAACUGUUUACCCACCAACAAUCAACGAUCAGAGUAUUACAACUGCAAAAUCAUCAGGUUAG